UGGUUUGAUACAUCACUGGACUACUCAGGUAAUUGGGCAAUGGUUGAUAUGUUGUUCCGAAACUCUUAUUCGGAAACACUUUCCUCUCUCAUCUCUAACUAAUUCCAAAGCACGCAGAGAUGAUUAGCCGGGUUCUCAAGAAUGUUUAUUCUGUUUAUAAUGUAGAAAUUUGGUUUAUUUGUUACUAUAAACAUUGAUACACCCUUAAAAAUCAGUGGAACUUAUAUCAGAGCCUUUUGAAAGCAACGGAAAUGUAGCGCAAAAUGGUUCGGAACAGCCGAUUGUUUGGGAGGCAGGACGCCAGCACUAUCCCAGAGGUCUCUUUAUGCUAGGCAGUAGUAGGAGAAGGCCACAUCGAGAUACACACCACAGUUAUGGUGAUUGCUCUUGGCAUCUUAACAGCGUGCAGAGGUGUGAAUAGCGGCGACCCAUGUGAAGAGAUGAUGUCUGUAAUCCUGCGUGUUAAGAAAAGGAAAGCAGACGUUGGGCUUUCAACCCAAGUGGGAGAAGUGUUUUUUCUUCGAACGCUUUGGACAGGCCCAAUGCCACAAGAAUGUAGCUGUCCUAAAAGAAUACAUCACUGCCACUAGAAAACAGACCACCGAUCAUCAAACUUUGAGUCUGUCUACCACCAAGAGGAAGGACUCCAUCACUAAAUUAUCUGGCAACCUGCAGAAAAUGGCUUUGCACUUCCAUACACAGACUGCUGGGGCCUACAAGGUCCCCUUCAGAGCUAGUGCACAUUGCUAGCAAGAGAGGAUACGAUUGCAGCCCAGGGGAAGUCCCUGGGAAAACUGGCAACCUUAUCCCACAUCUGGGUUUAAAAACAACCCAGGCUGCACUAGAAUUUAGGUAUAACCUAAUUGCAGAAAACAAAGAAUACGUCUGCCAGCUCCGUCCAUUCCCGGCAGCAGCAGCCACCUGCCGGUCCACUCACCUUCGCCACGUCAUUCUUUUGCUGCCCACUGGACAUUACACUUUGUACCCGCUGGUCAUCGUGUUGAUUAUGGGAGGUGUCAGGAUCACCUGCGAGGUCCAGAGCUGCUCCGCGAUCUUCAAGUCCCGGGGCCACAAGCGCUGUUCUUCACACGCCCCCUGCCUCCUGACAAACCGCUACCGCCUCGACGAGUGUGAGGUCUGUCGCCGGUGGUUGGAGGCAAUCUUUCCCCAAGGAGAGGAGCCUCGCCUUACUAAUGGAGCCUUCACCGACCUUAAGGAAUGGUGGACGACUGCUUCGAAAUCCCGCAACCAUCAUCACCACCAACUGGAAUGGGAGGAUCGACACCUGGGCUUCCGCCUUGGCCUCAGCGUGUCGUCCCACUCCAAAAAGAUCCCAUCUUCCAGUACGUCAUGCUCUUUCCUUCCCGACUCUCGAAGAUCACCAUCCGUGGUGUUGACAGUGAGGGAGGACAUGUCCGUGUCCUCUCUUCCCCCUCACCCACCAUGCCAGGAUUCACAGGAGGGUACCUUAAUGGAGCAGGACACAGGUGCUUCCAAAGAUCAAGUAGCUCCUCCUCCGGAGACGGUGCCAGCCCCCUCUCCUGCCACCCCCAGGGAAUGGCAGGACUGGAUGGGCUCCGUAAAUUCCUUCAUGGCAAGAAUGGACACACUUCAAUCCACUAGGAACCGUUUAUCACAGGUCACCCUCGCCCAGAUCCGCUUCUCCAAGACCUGCCUCAGAAUCUUGGAACUUGGCUGAUGAUGAUCAGGCGAGCUCCAGUAGAACUGAGGUAGAGGGUGGUUCUUUGCCGAAGAGACUGCAUUUGGAUGGCAGGCCCUUUCCUGCUUCCUGUUUGCCAGGUCCUUCCUCUUCUCAUGCCAGCACUGGAAGUUACCGUGGUUCUCUUCCUGGCAAUAGGGGAGAUGACCAUGAUCAUCCUGCAUCAUCCUCUGUCCUCUAUGACUGGGCAGCUCUACCAGGAUCACUCGGCUGCCAGACCAUCGAUGGGAAGCUCUGGGCUAUUGGUCAGUUGCCAAAUGGCCAGUGGGGCCCCAUCCUAGACCUGGAGGUGCGACACAUUAAGGACGACGAGGGGAUGGAGACCUUCUUGUACCGCCGGGUGCCUUUCUCCAAGCAGGAUGCUCCCUCGAAGACACCAGUGGUCUCUCCAGCAGCAGCCUUCGAUGCUCUAGCUUCACUGCUGUCUGAACCUUAGCUUACCAGGGAAGGCCUUCCACGGAUUGAGGGCUCCCCGGAAGCCAGAUGGUUGUUGCCAGGAGGACAAUCCCAUCUGCCUUAGGGGAGGGCUGGUUUGGACACAACAGAGAUUUGGAGACACUAAGAAAACCUAGGGUCCACCCACAUCCUGGAAUCCAGUCCCAGUGCUUCCCGCAUGAGAUCGCUGACUUCCUUCGGAAGCCUCGUCUAACUGCUAAGGAUCUUCCAUGGCAGGCACAGCCGGUGAAGGAGAACUUCUUUAGACGGGGCUUUCAGGAAAGACAACACGCUUCUGUUCUGAUGUCCUGCACCUCCUUCUUGGUCAGCUAGCUGAGUGGUUCUCUUACCUCGGCAAAGCUCCCUCAGCACUGUCACCAGCUUCGUUCGCUGACGUCAAUCUGUAAGGUGUUAGUGACAUCAUGCAACGCUUUUGGAGCCUCUCUCCUCCCGACAGUAUGCGGAUUUUUUUUCUUCGAGAGGGGCGGGUCAAGUCUCUUCGCCAGCCCCAGGAAACCCAUAAAGAGUACAAACGCCCACUCCAGGGUGGACCGUGCGGCAAGGAACAAAGUAGCAACCAGGCUCCUAGCUCAGGACGACGAAUUUCCUCCAAGGAACGUGGUAGAGGAUGUCCCCCUCUUCUGAACUUCCAGUCCAGGGCCUCCUCUCUGGAUGGAGUGCCGCCUGGCCAAGAAGAGGUUGGGCCGCCAGAGUUAUCCAAAGAGGACUCAAGUGGCCCUGGAUUCGGCUGCCACUGCUUCGUCAUCCUCCUUCAUGGAUGACAGUCUCUCCAGACGUUACCAGCCACGUGUCAGACAUGCUAUCCUUAGGGGUAGUGGAGAAAUCUUGUGGGAAGGUGUUCCUUUCUCGGAUCGGCAAAGGGACGACUCGUCCUCGACCUCAGCAACCUGAACAAGUUUAUAAAGAACUUCAAUUUUCGGAUGUUGACCCUAGCCCAAGUACGUCUUUGUCUUUGGCAGGUCGAGUGGAUGGCGUCCCUAGAUCUAAAGGACGCCUAUUGGCAUGUCCCAAUUCACCCCCGUUUCCGGCGCUUCCUGGCCUUCCAGGUAGGGUCAGACACAUGGCAGUUCACCAGACUUCCCUUUCCCUUCCCAGAAAUUGGCAGCCGCGGGGAUAAACUCCCUGUUAUACCUGGACAAUUGGCUGGUGACUGCCCCGUCCUUGAUGGAGAUAACCCACAGUCUGGAACGUAACCCACAGUCUGGAAUGUGCCAUACGUGUGGUGGAGGGAAUGGGAUUCCUCAUCAACUGGAAGAAGUCCAACCUUAUACUGGAGGAGGAGGAGGAGGAGGAGGAGGAGGAGGAGGAGGAAUACAAAGGAAUACAAAGGAAAGCCAAACAGCA